UCCAGUCGUCCUGGUGCUGAACGUGAUCUAACAUUAAGACUGUUCCUGUUGUUCCUUCAGAACAUGGAGGCGAGGCAGCUGAAAAGAGAAGUCCAGGCGCUUAUCGGGGAUCACAUCGGGCAGAAGCUCCGAGAGAAGUCCUUCGAUCCGAAGGGGAAGGGGACCUGCACGAUGCUGGACGAGCUGGCUCACUAUGACCUGGCCAUCACGGUUGCCCUCUGGUGGUUGGACAGAGACGAGGGGCGGGAUGUGCUCGACGCAGACAUCAUUGGAGCAACAAGCAGCUUAGGAAGCGCCCGGUACCCAAAUCACUUAGAGCGGGAGGCCAUGAUCCUGUCGUCCUUUGCUGGAAUUAUUAUGAAUAAUCUGCCAGUGGAGGAAAUCUUGGCUCUGUACAGCUGUAAACCGGCUGCUUCAUACCCCAGCCAGCAAUCCAAGGGCGCGCUCGUGUAUCCCUUCACUCUGUCCUACCAUCCGUUAGCCAUGCUCGGCUCCUACAAGGCCGUGUCCCACUCCAAGAAACACAGUCAAAAAUUGAAAAGAUGGCUGUCUGAGAGGAUGAAGGCCAGUGCCCCGCCUGCAGUGUCAGCGCCCUCCUCCUCCUCCUCCUCUUCUCACUCCUUCCUCAGCGAAAACAGUGACCGCCACGAGGAAGGAGCUGAGCACUACGAGGGCUCACUGGAGUCUCUGCACGACUGA